AUGGAAGUCGACAGAGAGAGAUGGAUGCUUCGGAGUGAGGGUCGCAAGCUGCGUUGCCUGGUAGGCUUUUGCCUCCUGGGCUUGAUCCUUCUCAUCUUGCCUAUCCUCUAUCUGCUGAACCAGAGUGCUAGGAAGACCUCAGAAGGAGAGACGUGGACUGAAAAGAUGCCAGAAAUGCAAAGGCAGCAGGCCGAUGCUCCCAACUGCAACAGCUGUACCGCUGAUAGCCAACCAGAUCAUGACUGCAUCCCAAAUGUAUUUCCAAUCCUUCACUGGAGAAAUGACCCACAAGAUGACAAUGGAAGAAUUAUAUACAAAGAUGGUUACUUGACUGUCUUAGAAACCGGGCAUUACUUUGUGUACGCGCAAGUCACUUUCCAUUGCCCUGAAGGCAAGUGCAAAGAUAUGACAUAUUGCCAGAAGAACGUGUCGGAGGAGACCUACAUAACCCAGAUCAUCUCCAAACAAAGCGCCAGCUACGGAAGCACACCAAUAAAGAAACUGAUAGCCAGUGAUACCAUUGGAAGUAAAGACAAGUGGAAGAAAUCGCUUUACCUGGGAGGUGUCAUCCAACUCAGGCGACAUGACACACUCAUGGUUAACAUUAGUAACCCCACGCUUGUGGACGCUCGUCGACCUGAAAUAACUUUCUUUGGUGCGUUCUUCAUCUAA